AUGAGUCCCCGUGACCAGGUUCUACCAUCCAUUGAAAUCCCAAGGCAGUCUGAGAAGCGGCGCACAGAAUCGCAUUUGGAGCAUAUGGCGGAGAGAAUGACCCUUCGUUCUGUUACUCCGUCCCACGCCCACGGAGAAGCCUUUGGUCGUAGCCACGGAUCAGUCCCUAACAGCCCUGAUGACCCUACUUACAAAAGAAGACGAACCGCAUGCUAUGCUGGCUCCCAUCGUGACUUACGCUUCGAUCCACGGAAUGGGAGACCUAUCCCAGUCACUGAGAAUCUGAGUCCUAGAUUACCAUAUCAUCGAGUUGAGCUCGGUCCAGAAAUCCGCCUGCAAGACGGACAUAAUCUUCGUCAACAGUAUCCAUCUCCGCAGGAACAGCCAUUGCUCCUCGGCCAUCUGCGAGAAAUGCCCUCCGGUCCUUUCUACGCACAGCCAGCGAGCCUUGACCCUAGACCUGAAACAGACCGGGCGCGUUUUGAUCCAACAGGAGCUGUCUCUAUGCAUAUUCCCCCCACAUCCUCCGGACCCACUGGCAUGAUGAUUCCCGAUGAUCGCGCAGUUAGGGCCACAGUGGAAUCUUCCCGUCCAGAGGCUUGGUCUCAAUUCCCCAUUGAUCGUAGCCCCCGCCUGGAUCGAGUUCGUUCUCUCAAUGUCGAAGAUCGGCGUCCAUCUAAUUGGGAAACCCGUACUAAUGGCAACCGCCAUGUGCUUCAUGAACUUCCCUCCGGGAAAAUUUACGCGGACGGCUUUGUCCGCCAGGUGGAUGUCCGUGAGGUUCGCCCGGUUGAAUCCCCGAAUAACCCACGGGCACAACCUGGAAUGAUCGUUCAAGCCAGCAGGCAUCGGGUUCCAGAUCAAUAUGCCCAAGAGGGCUCCCAUAAUCAUAAUCAGAGCUCCUCGGAAUCUCCGUUGCCCGUCCCAUGGGCGACAUCGCUUUCAUAUCCGCUUCCCCCUCAUCCCCCAGCUCGUCAAGCAUAUUCAUAUGGUACCGGUUCUCGUGAUCACCGCCACGGCAAUGCAUCUCACGCCACACGACGCGCGCCCGAUCCGCGAUUCUUCCAGAUGGCAGAACAGAAUCGCCCUGUCUAUGUACAACGAGUGAAUUCCCAACCCCCACAGAAUCCAGUGCCAGAUGGACGGCAUGUGGUGAUAGUUGAUUGA